AUGGGACCGGCAACAGAUGCAGAUGCUGUUGUAGAUCCGAGAUUAAAAGUUUACGGAAUCGGAAAAUUAAGAGUCGUGGACGCUUCAAUUAUGCCUACAAUAGUUAGUGGGAAUACCAACGCUCCUACAAUAAUGAUUGGAGAAAAGGCUUCUGAUAUGAUUAAAGAAGAUUGGGGUAUCACUACGAGGUUAAACAUUCACAAAAAAUGA